AUGAGCCAGCAGGAUGUGGUCGCUGUGCUUUCAGAACGCCUGCUCGUAGCCGCCUACAAAGGCCAAGUGGAGAAUGUGGUGCAGCUUAUCAACAGGGGUGCCAAGGUAGCGGUUACCAAGCAUGGCCGGACGCCCCUGCAUCUUGCUGCCCACAAGGGUCAUCUCCACGUUGUCCAGGUUUUGUUGAAGGCAGGUUGUGACCUGGAUAUUCAGGAUGACGGUGAUCAGACAGCAUUGCACCGGGCUGCUGUCGUAGGGAACACCGAUGUUAUAGCAACUCUGAUUCAAGAGGGGUGUGCUUUGGACAGACAAGACAAGGUAACAGGCACCGCUCUUCAUGAAGCUUGUUGGCACGGAUUCAGUCAGUCUGCCAAAGUGCUCGUUAAAGCAGGAGCCAACGUUCUUGCCAAGAACAAGGCAGGUAACACACCUCUUCACCUGGCUUGUCAGAAUAGCCAUUCCCAGAGUACUCGUGUUUUGCUACUUGGAGGAUCUCGAGCAGACCUCAAAAAUAAUGCAGGAGAUACCUGUCUGCAUGUGGCUGCUCGUUAUAAUCACUUGCCCAUCGUUAGGGUGCUGCUCAGUGCUUUUUGUUCUGUCCAUGAAAAGAACCAGGCAGGAGAUACUGCACUCCAUGUAGCUGCUGCGCUCAAUCACAGGAAGGUGGUUAAGCUGUUGCUGGAGGCAGGGGCUGAUGCGUCGGUUGUCAACAAUGCAGGACAGACCCCUCUAGAGGUUGCCAGACAGCACAAUAACCCUGAGGUUGCGCUCCUCCUCACUAAAGCAUCACAGGUCUCACGCUUUAACCGUGGAAGAAGCCUGAGGAAGAAGAGAGAGAAGCUGAAGGAGGAAAGGCGAGCUCAGUCGGUACCACGGGAUGAAGUGGUACAGAGCAAGGGCAGCAUCUCGGCUGCUGAUGACACAGGGAAGAAGAGCAAAAAGAAAAAGCCAAAGGAAAAGAUUUCGGCACUCUCAGACCCCAUCUCCCCAAAUGAUCAGCAGACUCUCUCUCGGCCUCAGCAAAACGUGCCUAAGCGCAGAAGUAAACAUCACUGCUCCUCUCCACCCCCUCCCCACGAGGUCCGAGCCUACCAGCUCUACACGCUCUACCGAGGAAAGGAUGGGAAGGUGAUGCAGGCACCGAUAAAUGGAUGUCGUUGUGAGCCCCUGAUAAAUAAGCUGGAGAAUCAGCUGGAGGCAACGGUAGAAGAGAUAAAAGCUGAGUUUGGGACAGUACAAGAUAAGAUGAAUGCUAAGCUGGGCCAGAUGGAAAGCAAAACUCAACAUCAACUCCGUGUUUUAGACAAGCUUAUGGCUGAGCGGCUGUCCGCAGAGAGAACAGAGUGCCUUCACCGCCUGCAACAGCACACUGAGCUGGAAAAAAAUGAGGGGGAGAAACGGCAGAUUUCCUUGGUCGAUGAGCUGAAGACUUGGUGCAUGUUGAAGAUUCAGAAUCUGGAGCUCAAGCUUUCUGGUGAUUCCAGGUCAUCAAGACCCAAAUCAACUUUGUCCACUUGUGAGUCUUCUGUAGGUACAGAGCAACAGUUAAUCGUUGGCGGACCGGUUUCUUCUUCUGCCCUUGCUCAAGAUGUCAGGCCAAAGGACAAAGCUGUUAGUGCCAGCACGUUCCACAGGUUCCAGCAGGAGCUGCCCUCCUCCGAGCUUUUGGGCUCCAAACUGAGACACGUUAAGGUUCAAGCUGCUUUGCAGCCCUUGACUGAACCUGCAAAGACUGAACCACAGAGCGGCUAUUUCAUCGACAAAGGAACUCAGACAAAGAAGUCCAGCAAAAGCGGGCAGUCGAGGCACAAAGCUCUGCACCACGCCGGGGCACAUCAGAGCCAGGAGCAGCAGCCCUCCGUCCUGCCUGCGGGACAGCCGCCUGCCCCACCGCUCAGAGACACCUCCCAGGCCCUGGAGAUAACACAGUACUUCUUUGAGGCCGUUUCCACACAGAUGGAGAAGUGGUAUGAACGGAAGAUAGAAGAAGCCCGGUGCCAAGCUAAUCAGAAAGCGCAGCAAGACAAAGCUGCGCUCAAGGAGCAUAUUAAAAGCUUAGAAGAGGAGCUCAGCAAAUUAAGGACUAAGUUGCAGAAAGAGAGCUAG